AAACAAAAUCUGCGCGAUAGCAAAGAAAAAAAAGGGAAUGCUAUGGUCCCUGUGUGUAUCAAUGUAAUUUUUAAGCGCAACUUCUGAAGCUGUGGAUAUAGUGAUUGAUGAAAGUUAAUGAUGUGGCAUGCAUUAGGUUGGAGGUGUAGCAGACAGGGUCAGUUUUUGAGGAAUUGCUGGAAGUCUUCCCCGAAUGCUUUUGUUCGUUUUCAGUCUGUGGGACAGGCAGGUGCCCUGAAAAGAGAUCGAACAUGGAUUUUUGGAGUUGGCCUUGGGCUCGGGUUCACCGUUUGGGUAACAGAACGGAUUUGGCAGUCGCAGCCAGCAUGUUUUUCUGAGGAAAAGCCAGUCAAAGACAGUCCACUUGUCGGUGUGUAUGGUGUUGCUGUUGAGACCAGCAGGGAUCUGCUGAACAAAAUAAAGGAAGAAGUUGGAGCACCAGGAAUUGUAGUUGGUGUAUCUGUAGAGGGAAAAGAAAUUUGGUCUGAAGGACUGGGAUAUGCUGAUGUGGAGAACAGAGUACCAUGUAAACCCAGCACGGUCAUGCGUAUAGCAAGCAUCAGUAAAUCCCUCACAAUGACUGCCAUUGCCAGGUUAUGGGAAGAGGGCAAGUUGGACCUUGAUGCACCAGUACAGAAAUAUGUCCCUGAAUUUCCUGAAAAAGAAUAUGAAGGAGAAAAAGUAACAAUUACUUCACGUCUUUUGGUGUCCCACCUAAGUGGGAUUCGUCACUAUGAGAAAGAUGUAAAAAAGGUGAAGAAAGACAAAGAGAAUGCAAAUAAGGCUGAGAAGCAAGUGGCAGGUGACAAUACAGCAAGUUCCAAGAAACAGCAAGAAAUAAAAAAUAAGGAAGUACUAUCCAAUAAAAAUACAAAGGCAGAAAAACAGGAAACAUGCUUAGAGCAACCAGAGAUGAGCAGUAAUCUUAAAAACAAGAUUUCAAAAGCAGCUAUAAAAAAGAAGGAAUUUGAGCUGGAGGAGUACUACUUGAAGGAUAAAUAUGAGAGUGUUAUUGAUGCACUAAAAUUAUUCAAAGAUGAUCCAUUAAUUUUUAAGCCAGGAACUCAAUUUUUGUACUCUACCUUUGCCUGGACAUUGCUUAGUGCUGUGGUAGAAAGAGCAUCUGGCCAGAAAUUCCUUGAUUAUAUGAAAAAAAUGUUUUAUGAAUUGGGCAUGCUCAGAACUGUGCCAGAGGAGAAUGAACCAAUAAUCUACAAUCGAGCACGGCCUUAUAUUUUCAAUAAAAAUGGUCGACUUGUGAACUCCCCUUACGUGGACAACUCAUACAAAUGGGCAGGGGGAGGUUUCCUGUCUACCGUUGGUGAUCUUUUGAUAUUUGGUAAUGCCAUGCUAUACAGUUACCAAGUUGAAAACUUCAGAAAAACGAAUAGUAAACUUCUCCCAGGCUACAUCAAACAGGACAUAAUGAGGGAAAUUUGGACUCCAGUGGACAAGACAGAAACUUCUUGGCUUAAAGAAGGAAAAUAUGCCAUGGGCUGGGGAGUAGUGGACCAGAAGCAGAAGUAUGGUCACUGCAGGAAACAGAAACAUUACAUUUCCCAUACUGGUGGUGCAGUCGGAGCUAGCUCGGUACUUCUGGUGCUUCCAAAAGAAGUAUCAUCCAAUACUGGGAAUUAUGAUGAAGAAUCCCCACCACAAGGUGUAGUUGUUGCUAUCCUUUGCAACAUGCAGUCAGUUGGUCUCAAUAAUGUUGCCUUAAACAUUGCACUGGAAUUUGAUAAAGCAAGGAUAACUUAAGAGCUAUUCAAAAUGAUUGUGCAAAAGAUAGUAUUCAGUAUAUGUGACAACACUGUUUUAUUUCUAAAUACAGAGGCUUAACUACUUCAGUGAGCAUUCUUGCACUAGUUGUCCAGCAUUUCAGAUCACAGGACCUGAUACUCAUGAGACACAUCUGCUAGUAUAUUUGGAAUGUAUCCCAGUUUUAUUUUACUUGUUUCUUACAAUCACUAAGCAUGUGCAUUAUGUAAAUGUGCAUAUUUUCUUGGAUUAUCUUAGCUAGUUAUUACUGUUUUUAGCUUUUUAAUUACAUCUUGCCAUUCUAUAAUGUCUUCAUCUCUAAAGGCUACAAGAUGCGUGUGUGGUCCUCAUAGUCCUUAGAAAUAUAUACAUACUAAUUGUUUUUGUCUUCCCUAAAACUUGACACCAGCAUUUGUCUUUGUAGUACAUUCAGGGUACUGUGAUCGUAAUACCUUUUAUGCAUUCUUUAUUGCACAGAAGUAUAGAAAAUCUAGGAUGAAUGUGGUUUAUUGUAUUCCUUGCAUCUUAUGUCUCCAUCGUUUCUUCAUCAGAAGGACGCUAGCACAAUGAUUCAAUAAGAGCUCUGCUUCAAAGUUUUAGAGUGUGGUAGAGCAGUCCGCCUAUCAGUUACUGUCAUUUUCACAUAUUCCCCAUGUUUUCAUGGCCUCUUCAGGUGCUCAAGCUUACUGUCACUUCACAAAUAUUUGUUGCUUGUUGAAAUUGUGGUAAUAUUUGUUGGUGGGGUAGCUGGUUGAAUUAUUUAAUGGUUGAAUUCAGCAGAUGGACUGUUCUAUAAUUCAGGAGUUUUCCCCUUUCUACAAGGUUGUGGAACCCUGGAAUUAGUAUAUUUAAUUUCCAGGGAGGUGAGGAUAAAGCCCCAACUUAAAAGUUUAUUUUUUUUGUUUCAGUUCUGGUAAUCUCAAAUGUAACCUGUUUACAUUUGCAAUUACACUUUUUAGAUUAUUUAGUUGCUGAUGAUUGUAGUCGCCAAUUAAUUUGUUGUUUUUUGUUUAGAGCAAUCUCAUGUGCUAAUAUUCCUCUCCCCCUCUCUCUUCCUCUGUGUAUGCAUGUGUGUGUAUAAACAGUGUUCCAGCACCAUAUGAUUGGGAUAAUAACUGGAAGCUGGCAGUAUUAUUUAACAGAUAAAUACAAAAAGCAGACUGCGGUUUCAUUGCCAAAGCAGCAUCUUUAGUGCAUACAGAAUCUAAAAACAGCAAGCGGGUGUCUUGUAUAUAACUAAGCCACAUCAUGUAAACUAGUUAAAGUAUCAAAAUUAGUCUAGAUGAUGAUGAAAAAACCGAACUUGAUCCAUAGCAAUAAGUAAUGGGCAAAUGUAUAAUAGAAUUUUGUUCAAAUUAUGAUUCACUUUAACACUUGUAUGCAGAUAAACAUUGACUUGGCCUUGCCUCUUGUAUAUGAAGACCCAGAGUUUUGUGGCAAUGUAGUAAAAAACAAUUCAUCAUUAAUAAAUGCCAAUGUUCAUAAA